CGGCCCGUAGAGAUUAGUACCUCGCUCAAAACAUUUCCUCCUGGCUGUCAGGUUAGCAGAAGGACUUUACUGGUUGUGUCUCUGAAAGUUUUCCCGAACAUGUGGGUCAAAUCUACAUGCGUGUUUUCUUCCUGAACGAUGGUCGGAGGAGCCAAUGAAGAGAACAACAUUCACCUUUCUACUGGCCAUGAUGUGGCCUUCUCUUCAGGCCCUCUUCACUGUGGAGCCUGAGCAGGACUCGUACGAUGGCGAGCUGCACAAAAACAUCAGGAUCGCAUGUCGAUUCUCACCGGUAGAAAGUGUCACUCAGCUGUCCGUCUUUUGGCAGCGCAUUGAUCCUCUGCCGACCGUUGAUGUCUACCGCCUGGAGAAGGGCCUCGAGAACCACAACUUCACUGACAAAAGCUUUCAAAAGCGGGCGCGCCUGCUGAAGGACGAGCUGGAGAAAUAUCGGGCGGUGCUGGAGCUUUCCCAGCUGCAGAUGAGUGACUCUGGGACAUAUCAGUGCGUCGUCAGCCUGAAGGAGGUCGACUACAAGAAAACCACCCUAACUGUCCGAGCUCCAUAUACUGCUAUUAAAAAAGACAUCAAAAGAUUGGACAAUGAGAAGGUGGAGCUUUCCUGCGAAUCCCAAGGCUUCCCCCUGGCUCACAUGGUCUGGAGUGAUGGCAGGCUACAGGACCUGACAGUAAGGUCAAACAGCAGUAGUGAAAAGACCAGCGAGGGCAUCUAUAAGGUCACCAGUCAAGUGACUGUCAGUGAGAACAUCAUUAACAACUACACAUGUUCCAUCUCGCUGGAAGGGAAAGUCCGUCAGUCAGUCACGUUUAACAUCCCAGGUGAAAUUCCUGGGAAGAGUAAGUGGUGUCAUGCAUAUGCAGCCAUCGGUGUGAUUGUUGUGAUGUGCAUGGGCUUCGUCGCUGCCUCUGUGAUCGUACACAGGAGGAAGAAAGGGCAAAAAAACAGAGACUCCAUAUGCAAAUCGUCGGAGCGUAAUCUGACCGUCACGUCGACUGACUCUUUACUACCAAAGACUCCAUUUUUCAGAGCUGACACAUUCGCUUUUUCGUCAGAAGUGUGCAAGGGGAAAGCGGAGAAUCUGAGGGAGGUGUUGGAACAGAAAUACGCCGAACUCAGCACAAUGGCAGGAUUCACACUCCAGCACAGCCUACUCUGCGGGGAAAGCCAGUGCGAGCUCCAAUCCAUUGUUCCAGGCAGAGGGGAAGCUAUACUUCUCGAAGGGGAAGAAGGAAGUGGCAAAUCAUCUUUAGCCAAAAAGCUGGCAUUUUCAUGGGCUGACGGAUCCACUUCUGAUCCCUUCAACAUCAGCAAGACCUGGCUAGUGAUUUUACUGGACUUUGAGGAAGCAGAAGGCGAUUUUUUCCAAGUUGUAAAAACAAAGAUUCCAAGUGAAGCGGAACUGGAGACAGCUGACGUCAAGGAAAUCCUUCUGGGGAACACAGACAGCCUCCUGAUCCUGGACAGCUAUAAAGAAGGGAGCAGGGAGAUGGAUGAGUCUCUCAUUAAGUUCCUAAAGGACCGAAGCGCCUGCCGGGUGUUGAUCACAGCCCGGCCGGGACAGCACAGCAAUCUGGUGGACACUGUCACAAAAACCCUGCAGCUUCAGAGAUAGCAGAGAACUGAGCUUUGAAUGGAGACGCAUAGACUGAAAAAACAGUAGUGACCUGAUUCAAACGUGUAAAUCACUUCCACAUGAAUAUUACAUACCAUACUGUUGCAAUGACAUCUUACAUCAACACAGCUAUGACCCAAAGAAUGUAGUUCAUGUGAAAACUCAGUUCAUUUUUAUGGUGCAUGUUCAUGGACCUGAUCAAUUGAAUGUAUUCUUUUUUUUUCCCUUGUUGCAGUUUAACCCCUUAAAUGGCCAGGACCUAAAUGGGCAGGCCCAGCGUUUUAUUAUACACUUUUAUAACCUAAGAGUAGCUCAGUCAGUUUGCAUUGAAGUCCCUGUAGGUCCUGAGUAACAAGCCUUGGUAUGGAAUUUAGCCUGACCUUUUAAGGGGUUUCCAUUAUGUGUAACGUCCUUUUAUUUCAUGACCUUUCUUGUUACAGCAUUGCAUUGACGCAGUUACACGCAUUAACCUAUGCACACAUCUGCACAUCUACAUACACACAUUCUCAGGAAGUGGUUUGGUUACUGUUUAUAGCACAUAUGAUGAAAAAAAGCAACAAAAUGAAAUUUUAAAUGCAUCUGAGAUGGAGACCUUAAAACUGUGAUCAUUUACGGAUAACUUUACUGCACUGAACUGUCACCAGAAAAGGAUUAAUGAGAAGUACCGACAUUAAACCUUGGGCUUACUUCAGCACUAAGUUUCCUUUUUUCUCUAUGGUUGCUCAACCACUGCCACGACCAAAUGACUCAAAGCUAACGCUGCCCUGACUAAAAACUCUCUAAGAACUCAUCUUUUUACUUGUUUCUACUGCACAGUUGUAUUUCAGUGGACAUUGUAUGUAAAAUAUUUCUAUAUUUCUGUUUCUGACGUACUUUAUUAUGAACUGUGUCAAACCACUGGGGUAUUUUUAAGAUGAUGAAAUGCUAUUUUUCUGCUUUGUGGUGAGUGAUGCAAGUGAGUUGGAAGUAUGUACAAUUUUAACAUGGUAUUUUAUGUGUUAGGAGUUUCAGUGGAGUCCCGAAUGUCUGCUUUCAUAUUUGUGAAUGAUUCAUUAAAUUCUGGAUGAAUUGUUCAGUUUA